AAUCUGUUAAUCAGUAUAGCAGUUGUUGAGGCUGUGGAGGUUUUCGCCCAGCCAGCCAUGUGUUAUGAACAGGGAUGGAGAGCAGUAAAGGGUGUACAAACUGGCGCUGUGGUUGCUCUGCUGCAGUAUCGGUUGCAGGAGCUGAGUGAGAGAGAGCGAAGGGCGCGAAACCAUAACCAGAAACUGUUGCAGGAUUUCCAGAGAGCACAGAACACCCUCAGUGACUUGGUGGCUCGUACUGAAGCCAUGAACACAAUAAGGAUGGAGUAUGAGAGGUACCUGGAAGAGAACUAUCCUAAAUGGCAGCAGAAGCUGCAAGACAAGAGGUUGUCAGAACAGCGAAAGAUGAUAGAACGGCACCUAAAUGCCUGCACACCACAGACGGAGGAGGAAGGUCAAAGGAUAGAUAGAGGCAGCAAACAAUACAUGCAAGGAAACAUCCAAAAUUCCAUCCAUUCGUCCUUUCCCUCUAUGUGGUUAACUCAGUCACAGCCUGCAGGCAUUGAACCGGAGCACAGUAACAUCUCCAAGAACACUAAAAACAUCCAGAAUGUUCACCAAGCAUUGAAUUCAUCUUUGCUUGACCCCAGCCUGUUAUCUGGUGAUCCACUCCACAGUCUGUACUCAAUAGUUCCACAAAACCCCCCUUUCUAUGAGCAAUUGAGGCAAUAUCCAAAUUCCUGUUCAUCUGGGAGUGGAAGGUUUAACCUGAGAGUUCACCGUCCCACUGACUGUCCUUCUUGGUCACGCCUUCCUUUGAUUAAUGGGGAUAAAGAGAGAAGAGAGGAAGAAGGAAGACAAAAAACGCAAGAAGCAUCAUCAAACUCUCAGGGUGAGAAUCUCCACAUGCAGAAGAAAAGGAAGAAAGUGAACCGCAGUGACACUAAGCCAGUGAGUAUAUCAAACUACUAUGGAGACACCAGUGAAAGCAGUGAUCUGUCCUCUAAAGCUGGCAAAAGCCUUCCUACUGAAGUUCAGAGGAGAAGAAAUAAGAGGAGAGAAGAAAAACAGCCACACAACACAAGGAAAGAUGCUGUUUCUCAGGGGUCAUCCUCAAUAUCAGACGGUCAGUCUGUUCCAAAGCCCAAGCAGCAAAAGAGAAAUCAGCAGUCUAAUCAGAGAAAAACUGCCUUCAAGACUUCAAAAGUUGCUGUAGAUUCGCCUAAACAGCGAGUGAAAGAGAACAAAGAUGAUGGUAACCCGAUUAAGGAAACGCUCACAAGCAUUUCCUGUACAGUCGAGACAGAAGGGAUGCAGAGAUAUGAGAAGAAGGAUGAGGCAGAGGAGGAAGAAGAGAAAUUUAGUACUGUAGAGAAGCAAGUGAAUGGAGUGGCAAACAGAUAUUCAACUGAGAAUCAAGAGAAGAGAGCAAGUCGGUGUGAAGAACGGGAUAAAGAAGGAGAGGUUGAGGAAAGAUAUGGAGAGCAGAGCAGUACAGUUGAAGAAGAAGCACAGGAGGAGGAAAAUUUAAGAAGCAACACAUCUGCUAAGGAAUCCCUUCUUGAGGAGAUGGGCUCUGUGAGAGAAAGUGAGGCAGAGGAAGAAGGAGAGGGAGAAGAGGAGGAGGAAGAUGGAGAGAAAGGUGAUGAAGAUGAGAAAAGCAGAGCAUCAGGAAGAGGGAGCAAAGAGGAUGAUAAUGAAUCUUAUCAAGAAGGAAAUUACAAUGAGGUUUUGGCAUCGGGUUCGGAAACAUCAGAAAAGAACAUCCAGGACAGUCUCAGAGAGUUGUAUAAAGAUGAGACUGAAGAUGACCUGGCUGAGAAGGAGGGAAGCAUUGAUGAUGAUGAUGAUGAUGUGAUAGUAGAAAAGGCAUCCCCACUGUCAUGUCAUCCUGUUUUUGAAGAUACUAAAUAUCAGGAUGAUGAUGAUGAUGAUGAUGAUGAUGAUAUUGAAGGUCUUCUCGCACCACAGAACAACACUCUGCAACACCAGGCAGAUGAACCAGAAGAAAUACUCAAAUCAAAAGGUUUGCGCAGUGAUUCAGAAGAAAAUGCACAAGGUAAAGACGAUCCAGUGGAUUCUGGUGAUGAAUAUGACCAUUUUUAUGACUAGGCUCCACUUGCAACGCUCACAGGAGAUGAAGGUGAACUCAUCAAUGACAAAUUACAAGAAGAUCAAACAUUACUUCAGGACACCUUAAUAGAUAAAACCUCUCUCAUAUCUGCCUGCAAUAGGUCUGAGACUCCAGCAGUUCUGUGCAUUCAGGAUAUGAACAAGGUUUAUAGCCUACACAGCAAACACAGACAAGCAGACUGAAAGAUUAAUAGAGAACAACACCGAGAAUUACAAAGAGAUGAAAGAGGACAAACCGGUGCAGGGAAUCCCUCAGGCUUUUAUGUUAUUUGCUGGGAGCUUAUCGGCUUGCCCUGAAAGAACCACAGUACUGUCACUGUGCAAACACAGGUGGGUCUGCUCGGGCAACAGAAAGAGAAAGAGAUAUGAAGGAGAAUAAUAGGAAAAAAGGGAAUAGAUCACAAUAGAGAACGUUUAAUGAAAAGAGAAUUGUGAGAGAGAGAAGCAGAAUUGUGAGAAGAGAGCAGAUCAUCUCCCUUUACACAACAUGCAGAAACUGCAUUUCCUCAUUCUGAAAUAACACAGUGAAAGUGUGCACAGUGUGUUAUAUGUGUAAUUUGAAUGUAGCAAGGGUUUGAAUGCUUUCAUAUUUAGAUUGGAAGCACAGCCUAGCGGAGGAGGGUGAGUUGGAGUUCGGGCAGUGAGAGGAGGCCGAGCGAGGGGGUAAUGGGGCUGAGCGAUGGCUGUUUAAGCGAUGGCUGUUUGAACAGGCAUGUUUGCACGGAUGAAAAGGGACAGAGGGACGGUAGCAGAGAUGCACAUUAACAGACAGACGAUGAAAAAAAGCUGCCACUGUGUAAACUGCACCGGCCCAGUCUUUCCUUCUGGUGGCCAUGACAACGGUGCAGAAGCUACUCUUUGCCCAGUCACAUGCCCUCCUUUUGACAUGAGGAACAAAACGUCUCCAAUGUCUCCAAUGUGGCGUCAAAGCAGACAUUUUGAAUCCGUUACUGCUGUAGACCAACUGCUACAAGCAUUGUCCUUUCUCACUAAUUUCCUGGUUAGCAACACACAUUCUGUAAUAAGUAAUUUUAGCUGAAAAUUAUAUUUACUAUAAUCAGUGCAUGCCAUUUUAUUAAGCCACUUUUAGUCUUCAUUGGAACUGGAAUUAAUAGUAUCUAUAAUAGCAAUGGCACACUGAAAAGCAUUUGUCUAAGAAUAUUUUCUAUGGCAUGUACUGUAUACUCUCUUUUAUUUGUUUUUUGCAGCUGAAAUUCAUAUAUACUAUAUAAGAUAAAGAAAAUUUGUAAAGGAUAUUGGAUAGUAAAGAAUAGUGAUCUGGCUUCAUCAAGGAAAAGAUAAAAUUUUCUUACAAUACACUUUGUCAUUCUACUUACUUGAGUUUCUGAUUAGUGUCUUUUUGUGUGAAUGUAAUGAAGUAAAGUCGCCCUUUUGGGGCCUUUUCUAUCCUUCCACAACCACAGAGUGCUCCAAACUGAAUUCUAGACUGAGAAAGCCCGAAGCUUCCAGUUGGUGAACUCUACAUUUCUAUAUGUUACAAAGGCCUUUUGGUAUAUUAAACAGAUCCAAUUCAGAAUCCAAAACACAUGCUAUUUUAAAAUACUUACUUUACUAUUUUUUCAUACUAUUUUAUACAUCACAUUUUAUAAAUCAGGUUACUAUUCAGAAUGUUAGUCUGGACCUGAUGAUGAGUCGUAAGGGUUUAAGGGGUUAAUCAAAGACAAUCUCUCCAUCAGUCAUAUCCGUGUCCACCACAAUGUGGAACUCACAGUGUGCCAGUCACGACUCAAAGCUCAUGAACUCCUCAUCCCUCACUCUUUCUCUGUGGAUUGGACACACACAGAGGAGCCCAUGGCCUCUGCUCAGAUCGCUGUGGGUGUUCUGGUGCCCCUGCUGAGGAAGACACUGCUUUGGGGAGGUCUGUCGUUAAAGCUGGUGUCAUCCCUUUGUCCACAUCCACUUGUACACAAUGCUGCUUUCCCAAGAUACAAAGCUUAGCGCAGGAGGGGUGGAAGGAAGGUCAGGACCUUUUGAAUAACCUUCCCGGCAUAGCCAUGUAGCAGAAUGAGAUGCCACACACUAGCCGUGUUAUAUUAUUUACUCACCUAUCCUGGAUAUU